AUGGAUAAGGAAACUGUGAAGGACAUUCAGAGGUCCAUUGCAAUGAAGCUGAACAGGGUGGAAUAUACCGAAGUUCCUCUGAUCAGUGGAUAUGCGGACGCGGAGGAUUGCUACAAGAAAUUCCGAGACGGCCUCAAAAAGGUUUCUGAUAGUAUUACAUGGCUGAUGACAUAUGAGCAUGGAGGAAGUAAGAUGAAGUCUUUGUACUCGAAGAUGAACAUGAUAACCUCGACGUCAAGGCUUGGGAACUUUAAGAACUACGAUAUCUACGAGCUCAACGGGCUUGUUGGGCUGGAACUCUCAAGAAUUGGGCUGGCUUCGAAUGUUAGCGACAUUGGAAGGAAGUACUCGAAAGCACACAUGGAUAUUUCACGAUACAAGCUUGAAAUGAACAAGAAGCUUGAGCAACAGAUAAAGAAGAUAUCUGAGCUGAGGGAUCAUUCGAAUGCAAUUGACAAAAAAAGAAAAAAGGUCUCGAACAUAAGAUACGAUUUGGAGAUGAUGAAGAAGUCCAAGGAUCCCAAGGCGCCUGACGCAGUAUCUCAGGAAAGUGAGAUGGAGAAAACAUUUAAAGAGACAUCGAAGGAAGUUCUUAAGGAGAUGGAACGAUUUAUUGGGAAUGACGGGGUAUGUGGGGUACUCCAGAGUGUUGCAGAGGCGCACAGGGAGUUUUCUGAGAAGAGUUCCAAGGUGCUAGGAGAGGUCAAAUAA